GGGAAUCAGUGCGAAUUUAUGGAAAAUGGGGGAAAACGUUCGAUGUUCAGUGGUGGCAUGGGCACGAACGUCGAAAUUCAGUGUUAUAUUUCGAUUGGGAAGCAACAGAAGUGAGACGGCGCCAUGUUAAAUAGUGGGGGUCGCGAAAGAAGAAGCGAGAAGCGUGAGCGGGACGAACAGAGAGCACGACAUGACGAACACCCGGCAAGCAGCGAGGUGCAGGCAGUCUGCGCACGGACAUCGAUCGAAGCUCACGUACCAUCCACUCCCUGAAAUUUCCCGGUGUUUUCCUUUCGAUUCAUUCACGUAUCGCGAACGAAAUUUAAACGCCUCGCGACGCAACACUCUUGUGAAUCGUGCCUCGGUGUAGUGACACUUGUGCCUUGCGAAAACAAAGACUGAUAUAAUCACCCUUCCAAUUCGUCCUGGUCUCUGCAACCAUCCUGGACUAUGGUUCGCGGUUAAUUUCUUCACGUUCGUCAUUGAUAGAAUGUAAUCGAGCCAGUAGAUCUACUAAGGAUGCUAUAAGCUGUUGGGUUUUCCUCAAAAUCGAAAUCGAAAUCGAAAUCGAAAUCGAAAUCGAAUCAAAAGAGGAUGUUCAAGCGUCUGUCAAAAUCGCGCCGCCACAGCGCGGACGACGUGGCCCUUUCGUUGUCCAGCCCGACGACCCUGGACGAGCCACCCGGGACGUCUACGUCGCGGGACAACUGUCCAAGCAUCGCUUCUGCCGCCCUGCUGAGGGUUUCGAGGACGAAGUACAGCAGAAGGAGUUGCGGGGACACGAGUGCCGUACAGGCUUUGCUGUCCAGCAAGCAGGAGCAGGAGCAGGACGUGGUCGAGGCCGAUUAUCAAAUGGUCACGGCCGUGCCCGCGUUCAUCGUCGAACACGAGCCCGAGAAACAGCGAGGCUCGAGCUUCGGGGUAUGGGGUCGCAGGAUGAGCAAGAAGAUAGACUCGUUCCGGCGGGCUGGUUCCCGCGAAACGAUCUGCUCCAUUUCCGAGAAACCCGACAGCACGAACAACAACAACAAUAACUGUACCGCGAGUAACAACAACAUAGCUCAGAAACAAGAUAAAACACUGCCAGAUUUCAAGCUAGACUCUAAGUCAGAAAAGAGAAUACCGGGAACCUUUCAUAGAUCACCAUCACCCUUCAAGUCCUUCUUCAUCCGCAUGGGGUCUACCGGGAUGCUGAAUUCCGCGAGAAGUAACAGGCGUUCGCAAAACAUCGACGACAGACUGAAGACGAACGAGAAAGAGAAUCUCUUUAGAAGCUGCAGCACCAGCCAACUGAACACCAGUCCAACCUACGUGAAGGGAGACGACCCUUCAGAAGGGAUAGACCUGCAGAUCUCUAGUCGCAAGGAUAAGACAGUGUCCUGUGACAAUUUGGCCGGACGUCAAAACGACGACAUGUUCGACGAGCAUAACGACCCUGCUUCCUUGUAUCCCUUGGGAAGUCCUUCCAUGACCAGCUUUAGCCCCUGCGAUUUCGAUCAAUCCCGGACCGAAUCGGCGAUGAGAAAGAGCAGUAGCUGCGAUUUCAAGGAGGCCAAGAAGUCCAGCUUCCCCUACGCCUUCUUGCGAUCCAAACUGUCCGUCCUGCCCGAAGAACGUCACAGCACGUUCGCAUCGAAAGACGAAAGACUGUUCAAGACUGCCUCCGAAGAGCACUUCCCAACGCUGAAGGUGGAGGAUGCGUACACCGGCACCACGACGUUGGGACGUCGGCGUGCCAGGAACGGGAACCUGACCAGAGCAAGUUCCAGCAAGUGUCAGGAGGCGUCGGGCUCGAAGUCCAGUCGGAAUUCGUACGCGGAAUUCCGGAGGAGUUCGAGCAGAUGCGAGGACAGGUACAGCCUGAACUCUAGCCAUCUGGAGAGGAUCGAGGACAACUUCCAGCAGGAGGACGCCGGUUGCUACGGCUCCUACGAUAGCAGUCCGAUGUCCAGGCAGCAGGACAACACCAGUCAGGACAGAGUGGACUUUGCUGGAAGAAUGAACGAUCCCAGAUUUUCGGAAACGUCCUCGUUGAACGUUGACAUCGAUAUGGUGGCCACCUUGAGAAACCACAGAAGGAAUUCCGCACCCAGCGGCGAACAGAGGCUCUCCUCUCACUAUGUCAGCUCCAACGAGUCCGGGUACGACAGUGACGGACCAAGAGGAGAGUCCGCAGCCGCCUCUGAGAACGAAGGUUUAAGUUUGAAGUGUACGGACAGCUCGGACACCAGCAGCGUGGUGGACUCGGAGCUGGAGAAACCCAUCAGGAGCUCCACUCCCAGCGAGUGCCAUGAACAGGAGAACGAUACCAGGACAAGGAAGAAUUCCGAGGAUAGCCGAGCUGGGAGUUCAGAGCUAAACGACGGAAUUGAUGGUCUCAGGUGGCACCAGAGCAACUCUGGGAGGAUGCUACCCAGCAUCCAUCAAACCUACGACGACGUAGCUAUGAAUUCCCAGUUUCCUGUCUGUGGAAAUGGGUUACAAAGUCCUCACAAAACCCUGGACAUCUCCCCGCAUCGAAUGAGACUGCAGCAGGACAAGAGCAGGUUCCUCAGCGACAUCAUCCAGCCCCCGAAGAGGGUCAGGAGGUGUCGAUUGGUGCAGCUUCACAAGAGGGACCCCAAGGAGAGCCUGGGUAUCCGGUUGGCCCAACAACGCUUGGGGGAACUGAGAUAUAUUGUCGUGCAGCUAGAGAGCGAUGGAAUAGCGCAUAGAGACGGCAGGCUGAGGCUAGGCGACGAGAUCGUGGAGGUUGAGGGAAAGGAGCUGAAGACACUGGAAAGCCUUGAAGAGGUUCAGGAGUUCCUGAGGUCUUUCACGGGUAACAAGAUACAUUUGAUGACCGCCUAUGAGGAGACGGUGCCCCAGGUGUACGUCAGUCCACCCACGUUACCCGGAGAGUACGAGUACCUGGAGAAUGCGAAGAAUCUUUCCAAUCUCUCACUGAUCGACGGCGAAACGAAACAAGUAUUGGAACAGUCCACUGCUAAGAGCAGCAAUGAUGGAAACCAGUCGACGAAGAGGCCAGACUUUCUGCCACUUUCCUGUUUGUCCAAGGAACGAAAAGGCACCGAAAGUAAUCUGGAGUCAUCGACGGAGCCGCAACACUACUUGACGAGGCACAUUGCCAAAUUCGAGAAGGGUUACGGAAAGCCGAGCCUGGGGUUCAGCGUCGUAGGGGGCAGAGACAGCCCUCGGGGCGAGAUGGGGAUCUUCGUCAGGAGGGUUUUCCCUGGGGGUCAGGCUGACGUCUCCAAGUCACUAUUUCAAGGUGACGAAAUUCUAAGCUUGAACGGAAAAGUGUUGCGUGGUCACACCCAUCAGGAAGUAAUUGAAUUAUUUAAAGCUGUAAGAGAGGGUCCUGUUGAGUUGGAAAUUACAAGGAGACACAGGUAUCCAAAAAAUCCGCAAAAAUCCGCGCCAUGCUGAAAGGGAGGCGUCGUGGACGAAUCUGCCCACCGGAAGUGCUCUUUCGAAUCAAUUCUAAGCGUACGUUUCGCUGCCAACGAAGUUUUAGGAUUCUAGUCUAUAUCAGAACGAAUCUUCGAUCUUUCAUGAUGUUUGUUUCAAUUAAUUUAUUUAACGCGGUGUCGCGGUUGCAUAGUGAAUAAGUUUAUUAUCAAAUGUUUAUUAUUAUUGACACUAUAUUGAUUAUUAUAUAUAUUAUUAUUAUUACUAUAAGAUUUUAUACAGAUACGUUAUAGCAGCGUGAAAUUCACUGUAUGCGAUUUCUUUUUUUAUUAUUAUAGAGGACAAUAAAAAGGUCGUAAUUUUAA